AUGGAGCCCUUCCUCAGGAAGCGGCUGGCCUUCCUGUCCUCUUUCUGGGACAAGAUCUGGCCGGCUGACGAUCCAGAUGACAGCGUCACUGUGACCCCGGACUUCGAUGCCGACCUAGUGCCACAGCUCCCUGCAGAGUACCCUGCGGAGCCCCGCAGGCUUCCAGGUCCACCCAGCCCCGAGCUAGACGUCGCCAAAGCCCCCACUGAGCCGCUCUGGGACCAGCCCUGGUACUUCAGCGGGGUCAGCCGGACACAGGCACAACAGCUGCUCCUGUCCCCACCCAAUGCGCCUGGGGCCUUCCUCAUCCGGCCCAGCGAGAGCAGUCUCAGGGGCUACUCAUUGUCAGUCCGGGCCCAGGCCAAAGUCUGCCACUACAGAAUCUCGACGGCAGCCGACGGUGGCCUGUACCUGCAGAGGGGGCCGGCCCUUCCGAGCCUACAGGAGCUGCUGGCAUACUACCGGGCCCAUGGAAGGCUGAGUCGGAGCCCGCUGCUGCAGCCCUGUGUGCUCCAGACGCCCCCAGAGCAGGACAAGUGGGAGAGGCCGCGCUCCGAGUUUACCCUUCACAGGAAGCUGGGCGAAGGCUACUUCGGGGAGGUGUGGGAAGGCCUGUGGCUGGGCUCGGUGCCCGUGGCAAUCAAGGUCGUCAAGUCAGCUGACAUGAAGCUCAACGACCUGACCAGGGAGAUCCAGACGCUGAAGAGCCUGCGGCACGAGCGGCUCAUCCGGCUGCAUGCAGUGUGCUCUGCUGGACCCGUGCUCAUCGUCACUGAGCUAAUGCGCAAAGGCAACCUGCGGGCCUAUCUGGGCAGCCCCGAGGGCCAGGCACUGAACCUGCCGCCACUGCUGGGCUUCGCCUGCCAGGUGGCCGAGGGCAUGAGCUACCUAGAGCAGCAGCGGGUCCUGCACCGCGACCUGGCUGCCAGGAAUGUGCUAGUGGACGACAGCCUGGCCUGCAAGGUGGCCGACUUUGGCCUGGCCCGGUUGCUCAAGGAUGACGUGUACUCCCCAAGCAGUGGCUCCAAGAUCCCAGUCAAGUGGACGGCACCCGAGGCUGCCAAUUAUCGCGUAUUCUCCCAGAAGUCGGACGUCUGGUCCUUCGGUGUCCUACUGUACGAGGUCUUCACCUACGGCCAGUGUCCCUAUGAAGGAAUGACCAACCACGAGACGCUGCAGCAGAUCACUCGGGGCUACCGGCUGCCGCGCCCAGCCGCCUGCCCAACAGAGGUGUACACGCUCAUGCUGGAGUGCUGGAGGGCCAGCCCUGGGGAGCGGCCGGCCUUCGUGGUACUGCGGGAGAAGCUGCACGCCAUCCACCGGCGACUCCAGCCUACCCUGGCAUGA